CUAUAUAUUUAUUACUCCCUAAAGUAGUAAUAUUAUAGUUUUUACUAUCCUAUAUUAAAUUUGCUAGCACAAGUUUAAUCUAGGACUCCGGAGCAAGUUCGCGUGGAUACGUUGGAGGCUUCAUACGUUUGGUGCUACGUUCAUUUCCUCAAAACCAUCCUCGACCGUUUCUCCGUUCUCCGUUUUCACUGUUAAGAUGGCAAACAACAACACAAAAUUGAACGAAACAAACUUUGUUGACUGGAAACGCAAUCUCACCAUUGUUCUCUGCAUGGAUGAGAAAGAGUAUGUGCUCGAAAAGCCCAUUCCUCCUGCCCCUCCCGCUAACGCCCCAAAAGCGAUUAAAGAUGCCUACGAGAAACACUUUAAGGAUGACAACCAGGUUAGCUGUGUCAUGCUGGGAACCAUGACACCCGAGCUGCAAAAACAACACGAGAACAUGAAGGCCCACGACAUGAUCGUGGCCUUGCAGCAGCUAUACCAGGGGCAAUCCAGGCAUGAACGUUAUCUUAAGGAGCUGGCAACGAACCUGAUCCUGCAGUCGUUCCUUGAGCUGUAUAAGGGUUUUGUCAUGAAUUACAUGAUGCAUGAUCUUGACAAACCCCUUCCGGAGCUUCUUAAAAUGCUCCAGACUACAGAGGAGAACCUUACUAAGGGCAAGGGUGCUUCCGUCCUUAUGGUCCAAGGCAGAAAGGGGAAGCCGAAGAAGGGGAUCAAGAUUAAGGCUAGGACGGUCGGAAAGCCUAAAUCAAAGUCCACUUCAUCUGCAACCCAGAAACCCGUAGGAGGGAUUGCAAAGGGCUAAUGUCAUCACUGUGGGACUGAAGUAGAGUAGACGGUUAGCUCGAGACGAGAUUGAACUCCGAGUCGGCAAUGGUGCACAUGUUGCAGCUUUGGCAAUCAGAACUUAUAGUUUAGUCUUGCCUAGUGGUCUAAUGUUGGAAUUAAUUGAUUGUUUGUACGUUCCUGCAAUUAGCAGAAACAUUAUUUCUGUUUCAUGUCUUGAUAAGAGUGGUUUCAUCAUUUCUAUUAAAGACAAGUCCCUUUCCGUUUACAGAAAGAAUGUUUUCUAUGUUAAUGCCAACAUGAUCAAUGG